GUUUAAGUGUAAGGCUUGCCGGUUGGCCCGCUGGAAGCCCGCAGUGGGAUCGCGGCUGAACACUGGAGUGUGUAUGUGAAGCGCAGGUUGUCUGUCCUCGCUGCUGGGGUACAGCAGAACUGCCGUAGUGAAAGAGACUCCCCUCCUGGUACCUGGGAGGCUGCGCCUCUGCUCGCUGGCUGCAACCAAAAGCGGCUCACAGGCCUCCUAACUGUGAGGCUCUCCUGGUGCUGCUGUUUCUUUCUUCCUCCUGUUCUUCGCCACUUCACCACCAACACAACUGUUGCCGUGCCGCAACUUGGUCGAGUGCACGUCAUCCUUAAUGACGACAACUGACGUCACGUUGUAUGCCAGAGGAGUACAAUUUAUUUGGUUAUAGUUAGUUUAAGUUAUUUUAAUUCUCUUUAAUUUGUUUUGUUUGAUCAGAGAAUUGAUUUAUGUUGCUUAAUUAGUUUUUUGUUGUUGUUGUUUAGUUCAAUUUAAUUUACCUUAUUGCUAACUUUAUUCAUUGAGAUAUAUAUAUUUUUUUGUUAUUAGUAAUUGUGUUUUUGUACAUUUUUGGUUUAAUUGAUUUUGCUUAUUUUUGGAUUCUGCCCCGACCUGGUGUGCCUCCUGUGGUCGGUGCACAUUCCCGUUGUUUUAAUCACAUCUGCAUUAACUCUUUGUCUGUGUGACCUUAGGAGCAGUUGGGCCAACCUUAGGCUGACGAGGUCGCUUCCCCCUGGUGGUGGUCCCCCUCUCACAUUCUGCUGUGGUGGUGUACGGUACCGGUUGAGUUUUUGGGUUCACAAACGGGUGUUUUUGUUUGCUCCCAUUUAUCCCUCGUUCUGUCCUUCCUUGAGUGGGACGCCCCCUGCCCCUGGUUAAUAGUAAGACAACUGUAUUUAGCAGAUUGUGUAUGGUGCAAUAUUUUAUGGUUUAAGAAUAUUCAUUGCUUGUUGACAAUUUUAUAUUCCUUGACUUCUUAUUUAUUGUAAUAAAGAUAUUUUUUAUACUGAGGAAUCACGUCACUCUCUUCCAGUGUUUUAUUCGAACAAGAGGCCUGGUGACAGGGCAUCUGCAAAGAAUAUAAAGAAAGCACGGAAAGGAGAAGUGGUGUAUCUAUCCUGCAGGAGCCAGUAAGGAACAACAAGAGCUGUACCAACACCAACUGAUCGACGAGUCAAAGAAGACAAACAGCUCAAACAUCAGGGACUUAAUGUGCAGAACCUUUGCGCAUAGAAGACAGGAUAUCAUCACUCAGCAGAUGAGCAUCAAAGAUAUCAAGGAGAGAUGGCCUGCCUUGUUUGAUGUUUCACAAGUCAGUGCAGAGUUCAGGACAAUCACCACAGUGACUCUUGAGCCAACAUUCAUGGCCAUGUUGGACUUCUAUACCCCAAAACUGCUCUCCAUUUUCCAGGCCAAGAAGGGUGCUGUAGGAGAGCGACAUCGGGCUCAGAUGAGUGUUCUACUUCAGAGUGGAACCCCCAAUCAGCAAACCAGAGGGAUCGUGAUCCGGUAUCUCAUCGACCAUCUGGGAGAAAAUCCCUGUGACUUGAUCAAGGACUUUGAAGAUGCUGCUGGUGCACCCGUCAGUGUAGAAGAGGAGUUGUCCGGGGAAGUGAUGAAGAUCUACCUGCUGCCAAACCCAGGAACAUCAACUGCUGAUUCUACUGACGUAGGCAUUGUGAUUGAGGGAAUCCCUGUCCUCACCAACCUUGGGGAUCUUAGCAGAGCCUGCUGCCAUCUCCUGGGACUGACCUACGUCUUUGAUCUGAAGUACCCCCCGAAGCUCAAACAUAGCUUUGAGGUUUUCCAAAAGGUGCUGCUUGAGCUAGAAUCUCUAAACCUUUCACCCAAAGUUCAGAGACUGAAAACAUGUCCGCUUGCCUAGUUGCUGACUACUGUUCAGCAAGAUGCUCAGGUAUACCCACUAAAGGUGGAUUCAUCAUCAAAACAGCUUUUGCACUGGGAUUGUUUGCUGCCAUGUAAAUAGGAGAGCCACUGGUCCAGAUUGUGAUUGAGAAGCUCACAGUCCUUUAUGUUCACUGAAAGUGGAUUGGUUUAAUAACAAAUGUUUUAAUGUUUUUAGAGAUAACAGUUGGAUUUUAGGUAGAAAAAGGGGGGGAAGAAUGUUUUAAUCUUUACAUUAGAGUUUUAAGACUGCAUUAGAAAACUGCCAAACAGCCUCUCGCUGCUUUUGUGGUAAUGACCUACUGUCAUUUUGAAGGGCUCAUAGUUCCUGUCGCACUAUGUUUGACAGACGCACAGCACACAAACACUUUUACCCUUUCUUUUUUUGUUUAACCAAAGUUGGUAAAGUUCAAUCUCUAUAUUAUGGUAGAAAUAAUUGCUAUGGAGCUCACACCCUACCAUCAGGCCCCCAGGUUGGUCAGAUUACAGAUGCAUUAGUCAAAAAGCACCCGCGUCUCACAGAUCGGUCAUCAUGGCUGGAUUAUUUGGCACUAUUUAGGGCCUUUCCUAAUCCAUUGGUGCUCUGGUCUUCA